AGGUUUACAAAGUUCUAUUUUAAAAGGAUUAAAUCCGGAUGAUUGUUUAUCCGAUGUCCGUAAAGAACUUGAAAGUAGUAAUACUAUUAAUGAUAUGUUAAUAUUUUCAAAAAAAAUAGGUGAAGAAUUUAUUGAAGUGGAACGUGAAGAUGAAGAAAAUUUUUUAUUAAAAGAAAUUAUAACAGAUGAUAAAAUUUUAUAUUUAAAUCGGAUUGAUUGGAAAUUAUUGAGUAAUCAACAUAAACUAGAUUAUGGAUGUAUUAUGAGUUAUGAUGGAAUUAAGAAAGCUAAUAAAAGGGCAUUUACGAUGAAAGAUUGUGAACUGACCGAAAUUAAGGGUAAAGGAUAUAAAAAAGAUAAACUCGAAUUCAAAUCAAAAGAAGAUUGGAUUAAGAAAACUAAUUUAUUUUUUAGUAAUGAUAAUAACGUACAAAAUUUUGUAAAAUUGGAAGAAAGUUCAGAUAAAAAAAUUUUUGAUGAUGAAAUUAAGUCAAGUUAUCAAUAUACGGAACUUGGAAAAGUAUCACUGAAAUUCAAUAAGACGAAUUUAGAAUUAACUAACGAAUUUGAAAAUGAUGUGAAAGAUGCUAUAAAUUCUAUAAAUCCUGGAGAAAGAUUUAAGAAAAUUACCGGAGAUUAUGGACAAUUUAUUCCAACUGAAGUUAUUCUGGGAGGAAGAGUUUAUUUAAAUGGUUCAGUUUGCACGAGAUUACUUGGAGGGAUUCAUCCUGAUGAUAAAAAAGAACUUGAUGAGAAACAGGACAAAGAAUUUGACGAAAAACAGGAUAUAGAAUUUGAUGAAAAACAGGAUAUAGAAUUUGACGAAAAACAGAGUAUAAAAUUUGAUGAAAACCAGAAUAAAGAAUUUGAUGAAAAAACUUGGAUUAAAUCUUUAAACAAUCAUCAAAACUGGGAGUGUAUAGAAUUGAAAAAUCCAAUUAAUAUUUUUCAACUUUUACCUGAUGAUCUGUGUAAAAGAGCAUAUGAAUCUAUCGGGAAAAAAAUUCUUUAUACAAGAAUCAAAGAUUUUGAUUAUAAUUUAUAUGAACCUGGAAUGUAUGGAACAUUUGAAUUAAAUAAUGAUAUUUCACAAAAUAUCUUAGAAAUAAUUCAAAAUGAAGAAGCUGAUUAUGACAUCUUUGCAACAGUCGUUAAUACCGCUAAAGAUUUAAAAAAAGUAUUUUUUAAUUGUCAAAUUCUCAAAAAACAAAAAGCAAAACCAAGUAUAAUUAUUCAUGGUAUACAAAAAAAAUUUCGUCCACGUACAUAUAAAUUGAAAAUUGCUUAUAUGAUUGUCGGUUAUGAUACACAUUUCAAUUUUCUGCUUUCAGAUAUUACUAGUGUAGAAUUAAUAAAAAAAGAAUAUAAAUCAAAAAAAAUUCAAUGUGAAUUUGAUAAUAUAAAACUACAACGAGAACUUGGCUCAAUGAUGGCAAGUGGAAUUCCUUUUUUUGGAAUUCCUGUACUAAGUAAUUUUGAUUCUUCAAAUAAUUCUAUUGUUAUCGGACAUAAUUUUUCAAGUAAUCAAACAAUAGAUAUAUUUUCUUAUAAUGUAAAAAAUAAUUGUUAUAGUAAAUUACCUAGUUUUACUUUUUAUAUACUCAUUAUUUCGGACUAUCCUACUUCAGAUACUUACACAUCACUUCCUUUUAAUUAUAAAAUGUUAAAAAGUCCAUUUAUUCCUUUACAAUCUUCACGACCUAUUAUUCCAAAAUAUAUUAGUUUAUAUCUAUCAAAAAACGACAAUGAUAAUUAUAAACCAAUUUUUUUGAAACAAAAAAACAGGCAAAUUAAGAUAAAAUAUGUCGUUUGUAAAUGUAAACAAACUUGUUACAUUUGUCAGAACAAAACAUUAAAAAUAUCAAAAAGUGAAAAGAAUAUUGAUUGUAUAUUAUUUGAUCCGCCCGCAAGUAAAUUCAUGAAUGUCAUGUAAUUUGUAAAUUAUAAUACUAAGACUUAUAUUUUUAACUGUUUCACGAGUUUAUGAAC